AAUUUCCACGCGAAACGGCGUCGUUAGAGUGAUUCUUGAGAAAAAGGGACCACUCCAUCUCUUCGAACCAACACUGAGAUGUUCUCUUCAUACUAAAACCCUAAAAACCUCAUCUUUUUGCUAUACGGUGACCAAAAAUGGCGAUUACGCCGUUGGCUCAGCUCAACGAGUUACGAAUAACGAUCUCUUCCUCGUCCUCCUCAUUUCUCGCGAAUUCGAUAUCCAAUUCGUUGCAUAGCAGCUUCACGAGUACGAGAAUCAGCGGCUUCACGAAACGAAGAAGCGAUUCAAAGUCCAAGUCUUUGCGGCUGAGAUGCUCCUUCUCUCCGAUGGAGACCGCGAAGAUUAAGGUCGUUGGUGUCGGCGGUGGCGGUAACAACGCCGUCAAUCGCAUGAUUUCCAGCGGCUUGCAGAGUGUUGAUUUCUAUGCGAUAAACACGGACUCUCAAGCUCUGCUUCAGUCUUCUGCACAAACCCCUCUUCAAAUUGGAGAGCUUUUAACUCGUGGCCUUGGUACUGGUGGGAACCCGCUUCUAGGAGAACAAGCUGCUGAAGAAUCUAAAGAUGCUAUUGCUAAUGCUCUCAAAGGAUCUGACCUUGUUUUCAUUACUGCUGGUAUGGGUGGUGGCACUGGCUCUGGUGCUGCUCCUGUCGUUGCUCAGAUUUCAAAGGAAGCUGGUUAUUUGACUGUUGGUGUUGUUACCUAUCCUUUUAGCUUCGAAGGUCGUAAAAGAUCUUUGCAGGCGUUGGAAGCUAUUGAGAAGCUGCAGAAGAACGUUGAUACUCUUAUUGUGAUUCCAAAUGAUCGUCUGCUAGAUAUUGCUGAUGAGCAGACACCUCUUCAGGACGCUUUUCUUCUUGCGGAUGAUGUUUUGCGUCAAGGAGUUCAAGGAAUCUCUGAUAUUAUUACUAUACCUGGACUGGUCAAUGUAGAUUUUGCGGAUGUGAAGGCGGUUAUGAAAGACUCUGGAACUGCAAUGCUUGGGGUAGGUGUUUCCUGCGGCAAGAACCGAGCACAAGAAGCAGCUGAGCAAGCCACUUUGGCUCCAUUGAUUGGAUCAUCCAUACAGUCAGCUACUGGUGUCGUCUACAACAUCACCGGCGGAAAAGACAUUACUUUGCAGGAAGUGAACCGAGUAUCUCAGGUGGUGACAAGUUUGGCAGACCCAUCAGCCAACAUCAUAUUUGGAGCUGUUGUGGAUGAUCGUUACACUGGAGAGAUUCAUGUAACGAUAAUCGCCACGGGCUUCUCACAGUCUUUCCAGAAGACUCUUCUGAGUGAUCCAAGAGCAGCUAAACUCGUGGACAAAAUGGGAUCAUCAGGUCAACAAGAGAACAAAGGAAUGUCUCUGCCUCACCAGAGGCAGUCUCCUGCAAGUAUCAACACCAAACCAUCCUCUCCCCGUAGACUUUUCUUCUAGCAUUUUAUUUUGUUUGCCUUUUUCGUUUUUAAGCAGAUUCCUUUAUCGAAAGUGUAAUGAUCUUCAGGCUCAAAUAUCAUUUGCUUAUGAGUUUGCUACAAAUUGUCUCUAAAUCAAAGCUAACCUAUCAAUCUCAA